UCUGCAGCAUUGAUGGAAUCCAAUGAUGCCCAAUAUGUGGAACUAGGGGAAGGUUCAUCUCCCAAUCUAGAAAGGUUUCAAAAAGUUUCAAUUGUACCACUUGUUUUCCUGAUAUUUUAUGAGGUUUCUGGGGGACCAUUUGGUGUUGAAGACAGUGUCCAGGCUGCAGGUCCCUUACUAGCCCUUCUUGGAUUCUUGCUUUUUCCAUUUGUAUGGAGCAUUCCGGAGGCCUUGAUAACUGCAGAAAUGGGUACUAUGUUUCCUGAGAAUGGUGGAUAUGUUGUCUGGGUUUCAUCAGCUCUAGGUCCCUUUUGGGGCUUUCAACAGGGUUGGAUGAAAUGGUUAAGUGGGGUCAUUGAUAAUGCAUUAUACCCUGUUCUCUUUUUAGAUUAUCUUAAAUCAGCAUUCCCAGUUCUAGGAGAAGGUUUUCCGAGAAUAGUUGCGGUUUUGUUUUUGACCUUGGUCCUCACUUACAUGAAUUAUAGAGGUCUAACUAUUGUUGGUUGGCUUGCUAUAUUACUUGGGGUGUUUUCCCUUCUUCCUUUUGUGGUUAUGGGGAUUGUGGCUAUUCCCAAACUGAAGCCUUCAAGGUGGUUUGUGGUAGAUUUGAAUAAUGUUAAUUGGGGUUGGUAUUUGAACACUCUUUUCUGGAAUUUAAACUAUUGGGACUCGAUUAGCACUCUUGCGGGAGAGGUGGAAAAUCCUGCCAAAACCCUCCCAACAGCUCUCUUUUAUGCUCUAAUCUUGGUUGUUUUCGGGUACUUUUUCCCUCUUUUGAUCAGCACUGGCGCAGUUCCACUUGACCGGGAGCUUUGGUUUGAUGGAUACUUCUCGGAGAUUGCUCACUUGCUUGGAGGUGUUUGGUUGAGAUCUUGGGUCCAAGGGGCUUCGGCUCUGUCAAACAUGGGAAUGUUUGUAGCCGAGAUGAGCAGUGACUCUUUCCAACUUCUGGGGAUGGCAGAACGCGGGAUGCUUCCUGAGUUCUUCGCCAAAAGGUCUCGUUAUGGAACUCCAAUAAUUGGGAUUCUUUUCUCUGCAUCUGGCGUGAUAUUGCUCUCAUGGUUGAGUUUUCAAGAGAUUGUUAUUGCGGAGAAUUUCUUAUAUUGUUUUGGAAUGAUUAUGGAGUUCAUAGCAUUCGUGAAAUUAAGGAUGCAACACCCCGCAGCACCUCGUCCAUAUAAAGUACCUGUUGGAACAUUUGGAGCAAUUUUGAUGUGCAUUCCUCCGACGCUACUAAUAUUGGUGGUUUUAGUUCUUGCUUCUUCAAAGAUCAUGGUUAUUAGCAUCUUUACUGUCGUGAUCGGGUUUGUUAUUCAGCCCUGUCUCUCUUACUCUGAGAGAAAAAGAUGGUUGAGAUUCUCCAGGAGUUCAGACCUCCCAGAUAUCUACUCUGCUUCUGCCCAUUACCAAAGUAAUGAAUCAUGA